UAGUAGUUGUAGGAAAUUGUUUAAGUUUCUGCAUCCAUUUAGUUACGGCUUUGUAGUUACAUUAUUGCAAGUAUCGUAUCAAUUAACUAAAUUAGAUCUCAUAUGCAUAACUUUCAUGGUACAUCCACACUGUAAAAUUUUCAACUUUCUCCACACCUUGCAAAAAAUUAAAUUUGCCAAGAAUUCUUAAAAUCAUGUCCAGAUUAGAUUGCAAAAGCUUACUUGUAGCAAUUGUAAUUAUUUUUGGCUUUGUGAACCUUAUGGUAAAUUAUUCCAAUUCAACGAAUCAGCAUGUUAAUGGAAAGGAGAACGUGCUAUUACUGUCCAAUCUUGAAGAGAAUGACAUACUUGUUGAAAAUUCUGCCCCACUCUUGGACGAUUCUAUUGUAGCCAGUGGAGACCUCAGAGUUGCUCAAGAUGAUAUUAUUUUACUGGACUAUAUUCGUCGUAAAUACCUCCAACCCCCAGCCACAACAGGGGAUGUAGUUGUGAGUAAAAAAGAUGUCCAUUUUGGGAAAUCAUUCGAACAACAGGAAAUGUAUAGGUUUAUCUUUCGACUUUUGGGAAAUAAGACAAACGGCUUCUUCGUGGAAUGUGGGGCGCACGAUGGUGAAUUUUAUUCCAACACUUUAUCUCUCGAAAUGCAACACGGAUGGACUGGAUUACUCGUGGAGUCGGACCCAAACCCUUUGGAGGGACUUAGAAAAAGAAAUAGACGUUCUUGGAUAUCUGGAGCGUGUUUGUCACCUUUCACUUAUCCAGUCAAGGUGACCAUGCAACACAAGACUAUGACGGGAUGGACGCAUUUAAGUGAUUCGGGUUCGCAUUUAGGAAAGGAAAAGGAUUAUCGGGCAUUUGAAGCACAAUGUUUUCCACUUUAUUCCAUCCUCAGUGCAAUUAACGUCAAAACCGUGGAUUAUUUCAGCCUGGAUAUCGAAGGGGCUGAGUUGUCAAUAUUGAAAACAAUUCCAUGGAAUGAUAUAGUAAUCAAGACUUUCUCAAUAGAAGCUCAUAACGAGACCGUAAAUGACUUCAGGAAUACAUGAGUUCGGUUGGGUACCGAUACGUGACCCACAUUAAAAACCGUUUCUCACAUGAUCACGUCUAUGCACAUGAGAGUGUUAACUUAUAGAAUUAAUUGUGAUGAUUUACUUCGACAGAAAUAAUAAUGAUAUUUACAAAUUAUUUAUAUAUAAA